AUGGAUCCAGAAACAGCUUUCAAUCGUCUUACCUAUAGUAAACAAACUCAGUCUACCCAAAAAAAAUUGGAAAUAUCAAAUCGUCGUUUAAAUGCUCAAUAUCAAUUACAAUAUAAUGUUUUAAACCGUCAACGUUCAGAGGCUUAUGGAUUUCAUAAACAUCGUGAACAUUUAUUUCGACAACAUUUAACUAAACUCAGGUUUGAUAUUGCAAAGAUUCAACCUUACCAAGAAUAUCAACGGAAAAAAUCGAUUUUCUUGAAAGAUGGUUAUCCUAUUUUAACAAUGUCAUCAGACAUACCCGAGGAUGAUACAGGUUUGAUACCAACUUGCUUUUCUCGAAUUGAAAAUCAAUUUCGACUAAUGAAUUUUACAACAAAAACAAAACAACGUUUGUUAUGUCAAGCACCUAGCUAUAAAAAACAACAACAACAAGAACAACAAAAGCAAAAACAAGUGCAACUACAAAAAAAAAUGAAUCAAAAUACAACAACGCCUGGUGAUAUUCAAUUAUGCACAAAACGUAUUGACUAUUAUCAAUCACGCAUACCCUGCAUUUAUUGUUGUCGUACACAACCAAAAAUGUUAACCACAAAUCCAUCCGAUACCUUAUUAACACAUAUAAGUCUACUUGAUGAUGCACGUCAACAAAAAUUACGAAUGUGGUUAAAACAACAAAUCCAAAUUGAAUAUGACAAAUAUCAUUCUUAUGAUGAACGUAAACAAAUAUUAAUACAACACUUUGACCAUAUGAAACAUGAAAUUGAUGAUCCACAUUCAACAUUAUCGGUUCUAGCAGCAUUAACAAGGACAUUAUUAAAACUAAACGAUUUUAAAUUUAAUAAACAUCAAUUUAAUUCAUUUUUAACCUGA